AUGACCUCAUCGUCAUCACACAACGAUCAUGACACAGAAAAUUCUCUUCUCAAGAAUAACAACAGUAAUAGCACGGAACAAGAAAGUAUGGAUCUUGUAUCUCAUCGGAAUCAUCAAGAAAUUCAAUCUUCAAGAUGCUUUAGUCUAAUGGAAGAAAUUCCUUCCGAAAUAUGGCUUGAUCAUAUUUUUACAUUUUUAGAAGGACGAAUAUUAUUGAGCACAUGUGUAUUGGUUUCAAAACAAUGGAGAGAGUACGUGAAACAAACCAAAUGUUCAUUAUUGAAUUUAUCGACUCGGGCCGAUACUUCUUCCAAAAGAAAAUUGAUAUUUUCAAAAUUACAGCUAGAGAAGAUUGAAUCUUUGGAUUUAUCUUUUAAUGGCUUGACGAUGACAGGAAUUAUGCAUUGGGCACAAUUUGGACAGAAAUUUUCAGAAUUGACCUCCUUGAAUUUAAAUUU